AGUGUAAUGGGGAAAGUCAAUCUGACUCUCGAGUUCUCUGGAGGAUGCGAAUUUUUAGUCGGUAAUCAGAAGGAGCAUAAGGUCUUAGUUCCUUGUGAUGAAGACACUUUGACUGUUCUUGAACUUAUUCGAUAUGUGAAGGAGGUGAUGCUAAAGGAUUGUACUAGAAGUGAUAUGCUUGUUGACGGAGGGACAGUGACUCCCGGUGUGCUUGUGUUGGUCAAUGAAUGUGACUGGGAGCUCCUUGGAUGCGAAAAAGCAGAAUUACAUAACGGAGACGUCGUAACGUUCUUGUCGACUUUGCAUGGUGGAUGAGAUCUCGAGAUGAGCCUUCGGAGCCUCACCUCCUUGACGCUUGUAAAAAGUGGAGAAGGCUAUGUGCCCCACCAAGAUACGGGUGUAUUUGUGAAAUAUCUUGGAGUUUAACUCUUUGAGUUGCUUGUUGCUUUGUUUAUAUUCAGGAAGACUAAAGUGAAUUCGUGGUGGACAACAUUGUGGGUGAAUUAACGGUUUGCAUUCUAGAUAUCAAUUAAUGUUUAAAUCUGCUGAAAUUCACAAAGGCAAUCUGGGCAUAUAAUUUUUUUUCAUGAAGACGAGCAGAAGAGAAAGUCAAGUAUAAGUUUUGCACCGUAUUGCUGGAUUUAUCCUCAUCUGUCUCUUUGUGGACGCAACCAAACUACUUUAUGAUUACAAAUAUAUGAUUAUUGAAUAUAUGUGGUUAAUCAGAUUGGUUGGAAAUUUCAUA